GAAGUCUCAAGUUACUUACCCCUGUAGGCUGCGUCUUGGGUUCCUGGUGCGGGGAGCACGGAUGAGCUGUGCAGCAGGACCAUGGUGAACUAUGAGCGUCUGUCAUCAAACAAGGAAGUUUGGCACGCCAUGAAUACAGUGACCUAUGAUGAUGUGCUUGUGAACUUCACUCAGGAAGAGUGGGCUUUGCUGGAUCCUUCUCAGAAGAAUCUCUACGAAGAUGUGAUGCUGGAGACCUUCAAGAACCUCACUACUCUUGGCUACAAUUGGGAAGAUUAUGAUAUUGAAGAACAUUCUCAAAGUUCUAGAAGACAUGGCAGUCAUUUUGAAAAGCACGAGAGGAUUCAUUUUGAAGAGAAGACCUAUGAAGAUAUUCAACAUGAUAAAGCCAUUGCAUGUCACAGUCAACUACGAGUUCAUAAAAGAGCACAUUCUAGACAAAAACCCUAUGAAUGUAAUCAGUGUGGUAAAGCUUUCACACGUCCCAGUCAUCUUCAAAAGCAUAAAAGAACACAUACUGGAGAGAAACCUUACAAGUGUCACCAGUGUUAUAAAGCUUAUGCAUGUUAUAGCACUCUUCAGGUGCAUAAAAGAACGCAUACUGGAGAGAAACCCUACAAGUGUGAUCAGUGUGCUAAAGCCUUUACAUAUCACAGUCAUCUUCACAGGCAUAAAAGAACGCAUACUGGUGAGAAACCCUAUGAAUGUAAUCAAUGUGGUAAAGCCUUUACAUCUUGCAAUUAUCUUCAAAGGCAUAAAAGUAUACAUACUGGUGAGAAACCCUAUGAAUGUAAUCAGUGUCAUAAAACCUUUUCACAACACAAUUACCUUCAGAAGCAUAAUAGAAUACAUACUGGAGUGAAACCCUAUGAAUGUAAUCAGUGUCAUAAAGCCUUUGCACAGCACAGUUAUCUUAAAAUACAUAAAAGAAUACAUACUGGAGAGAAAUCCUAUGAAUGUAAUCAGUGUCAUAAAGCCUUUACACAUUUGAGUAGUCUUCGCAGGCAUAAAAGAAUACACACUAAAGAGAAACUGUGAUUGUAAAUCAGUAUUUUAGAGCUUUUUAACAUCAGAAUCUUCUCCAAAUAUAUAAAUGAAAGAGAAAGAUUGUCAGUGUAAUCAUUAUGAUAAAGCCUUUACAUGUCAUAGUAGUCUUCUAAGGCAUAAAAGAACACAUACUGGAGAGAAACCCUAUGAAUCUGUUCAGUGUGGUAAAGUCUUUCCACAAAGCAGUCAUCCUAAAGGCAUAAAAGAACACACACUGGAGAGAAAUCUGAAGAGUGUAAUAAGUGUGUUAAAACCUUUGCAAGUCACAGUAAUCUUUUGUCUUAUAUAAGAAAACAUACUGGAGAUAAAAGCUAUGAAUUUAUUCAUAAUGUCUUUGCACAUCACACUAAUCUUCAAAAACAAAAGAACACAUACUGGAAAGCAAACAUAUGAAUGCGACCAAUGUGGUAAAGCCUUUGCACAUAUCAGAAGUCUUCAAAUUCAUGAGAAAAUAUGCUGCAAAGAAACCCUAUACGUAUAGUCAGUGUGAUUACUUAUUUUUAUUUCAUGGUAGUUUUCUACAAGAAUAAGCAUUUAGUUCACAAUCAAUCUGUUAAAGCCUUUACAUAUUACAGUAUUCUUUGAGGACGUGCAAAACCAAUACUGAAGGGAGUCUAACUAUAAAGGAUUUGGCAAGAUCUUCUGCCAACAUACAUUAUUUUUAUUUAUUUUUUCUGAGAUAGGUUUUCUCUGUAGCUUUGGGGCCGAUCC